AUGGGAUCCUGUGGAAAUAUGUCUAAUCCAACAACUAAAACUGAACAAAAGAAAAUUAAUCAUCUCCAAAGAGUGUCAUUUUCAAAGCCACCUUUUACAAUUGCUGAUAUCAAGAAGGCCAUCCCUCCUCACUGCUUUCAACGAUCUCUCAUUCGCUCCUUCUCUUAUCUCGUUCAAGAUCUCAUACUUGUCUCCCUUUUUUACUAUAUUGCAACCACUUACUUCUUCUUCCUUCCAUAUCCAUAUUAUUACCUAGCAUGGCCUAUUUAUUGGAUCAUUCAAGGUUGUGUUUUCACUGGAAUAUGGAUGAUUGGUCAUGAAUGUGGCCACCAUGCCUUCAGUGAUUACCAGUUGGUAAAUGACGUUAUUGGUUUUAUCCUCCACUCUGUACUUUUAACACCAUACUUCUCAUGGAAAUAUAGUCAUCGGCGUCAUCACUCCAAUACUAGUUCCAUUGAGCACGAUGAAGUGUAUGUGCCUAGGCUUAAAUCCGAACUAAGAUGGUUCUCUAAUUAUUUGAACAAUCCACUAGGAAGAGUACUCGCACUUUCUUGCACCCUCACUUUUGGGUGGCCUUUGUACUUGGUCUUCAAUGCUUCAGGAAGAUCUUAUGGUCGCUAUGCAAGUCACUAUGAUCCACAUGGGCCAAUUUUCAAUGACCGCGAGAAGCUACAAAUUUACAUUUCAAAUGUAGGAGUGAUUGCAUCUGCUUAUGUGUUGUAUCGCAUUGUUUUGGCACAAGGUCUAGCUUGGUUUGUAUGCAUCUAUGGGGUACCCCUCCAAAUUAUGAGCAGCUUCAUAGUAUUAAUCACUUUUUUGCACCAUACUCACUCUUCGUUACCACAUUAUGAUUCAUUUGAGUGGGAUUGGCUAAGGGGAGCUCUAGCUACGGUAGACAGAGACUUUGGUGUACUGAAUAAGGUCUUCCACAACAUUACAGAUACUCAUGUUUUGCACCAUCUAUUCUCAACUAUCCCACAUUACCAUGCAAUGGAGGCAACCAAAGCUAUCAAGCCAUUACUAGGAGAAUACUAUCAAUUUGAUGGUACCCCAAUUUAUAAGGCCAUGUGGAGGGAUUCAAAGGAGUGCAUCUAUGUAGAGAAAGAUGAAGGAUCUACAGGUAAAGGUAUUUUUUGGUACAAAAACAAACUUUGAAAGACAAAUGAAAAAAAUGGACUUAAUUAAAUUUGAAGGACGAAUCAUGGUAAGUAUUUUAAUUUAGGUUCAUUUAU